AUGAUAGGCUUGAUGUGGGUCGAGCCUUACUAUCUGGUCAUUGUGGAUGCGGAUGAAAAGGUGCAUCUCAUCGAUAUCAUGCAGGGAGAAGUAGCUGUGGAAGACGCUUCUGCAAUUCAAUUGGCAUACGGCACCGCUGAUUUUAAGGGUUUAUCAACUGGAGGUAAUGUUAGCGCUGCGCUGGAUUAUUUAGCAAAUUCAGUGUGCUAUCAGUCGUACUGUCGAGUUGGGCCCAUAGCCUAUCUGUUGGGUCAGUCGGCUGUGUAUGAAAUCACCGUAAGCGACCAAAUCGCGCAGCUUGAAAAUUUUAUUAAUCGGGGCGAAGUAAUUUCUGCUGUUCUCUUUGCACUGGAUAUAUUUGUGGGAAAAAUUGGCUGUCGGUCAAGGCGAGCAAAUAUGAGGCAUGUUGUUUCGGCUUGCAUGCCCGAUCUCGUCCAGACGCUCCUCACCCUCACAACAACGGGUCUCGAAAAUGGCAAAGUUGUACAACUGAUUGAUCAUUAUAAGAAGCAUAUUCAGUUGCUAGUAAAAGCUUGCAUUACAACCGGCCGCUUCGAUCUACUUUACAACACCAUCUAUGCGAGCCUAGCGAAAGAUGCUCUUUCAAAAGCAAUAUUUUUCGAAUUCAUCGACGAGAUGGUUUUGGAUGGCAAAUUUGAAAAUCCACCUCCCGCACUGGUUUCGGACUAUUUUCAUCAUCUGAUCGCCGAAGGAAAUUUAAGUCAAUUUGAAGCAGCUGUAGUGCGCAUUCGUGUUGAUAAGCAAGACAUACACUUUGUAAUGACCACCUGU